CGUGGCUGUUCAGGCUGUGGGGGCGGUACAAGGCUGAAUCCUGGCCCCUCGCCAACGUUUGGAAGGCUGAGGCGACACAUCCCUCUUGGUACUUUGAAGGAUGCUCGUAGCUUGUUUUGACCAGAGUGAAGGCAUAAUCUAGGUGGAAAGACAACAGCACCACUUCACCCUUACCCGGCAUGCUUUCAUCUAGACGAAUCGCAAUCAACCAAGGCUAGAUUGGAUUUCUUUUUGCGUAGGCGCGUUUGCGAUUGGCAUGGCUGCGAAUCGGGCCUCUGAACAUGAACGCAACUCCAUUUGCGGCUACGGCUGCCACUGCCCCUCCAACGCGACCCCGCAGCCCAGAGUGGGACAGAGCUAUCGCGGCGUGCAAGAACAGGCUUCAACACAAUGACUGGAGUGAAAUUGAGAAGUUCAGAUCAGCUGGAGAGCUGCAAGAUUUCGUGGAUGGCCUACAAAAGAAGUACAGCGACAAGCGCAUGAACAAGUUCCUCCGUCGAUGUCAUCGCAUCAUUGACCACCUCAGACCAUUUUCGAAAGCAAUCGACGUCUUUGUUCAAUCAGAUCCCACUGUAUCAUGCCUUGUGUGGGGUAGUAUCAGGGUCGUCCUUGAGAUAGCUACCAUUACGGAUGAGGUGGUCGAGCUUGUGGCCACAACUCUAGAGAAGGUCUGCCGCCACUUUCCCAGGUUUCAACGGCUACAUGCAGUGUUCCCGAUGGCUCCAGCAUAUGAAAGGGCGCUCGUGCGUUUGUACGAAAGUUUCGCGGAAUUCUCGAUAUACAUAAUCAACUACCUCCGUACCAAUACUAUCAAGAACAUUGCCAAAAGUGUCUUGGGAAAGCUCAAACAUAAGCUCAAGAAAAAGAGUGACAGGAUCGGCGUCCAAAUCGAAGAGAUGCAAGAAGAAGGGCGUGUAGCAGCACAGGAAGUGGCUAAAACACGCCAAGAUACACUCGAAAGUCUGCUCAAAGCGCCGCCGGACGACUUCUCGGGAGUCAAGCCAGCGAAGUAUAUUCCGCAUUCCAAGAAUCAGGGUUUUGUCGGGCGUGAGCAGGAGCUUAAACAACUGAGGACGUACCUCAUUCAACCUCCCAUACAUCGAGCGCAACUAUCUCCAGCAGCCAACGCCAACAUCAAUACAUCCCAGUUGAUACCCAAAGCAGUUGUGCUUCACGGUCUUGGUGGCCAAGGGAAGUCAGAACUCGCACUACAGUUUGCGUACGAGACCUGGGCCGACUUCGAUUCUAUCCUAUGGGUUGCAGCCGAGACGCCACAGAAGACUCAAACAUCCUUCUCGAAAAUUGCACGCACCCUGAACAUGCCAUCAGCACGCUCCAAUUCUACUGCUGAUGCCACUAAGAUGAGCGGCGAUGUUCUUCAAUGGCUCCGUAAAACGUCGAGUUCCUGGUUGGUCAUAUUUGACAACGCACCCGACGAGGACUACAAGUUUUUGCAAGAAGACUAUUGGCCUCAGGGUACGUCUGGUUCCAUCUUGAUAACGACUCGUGCAGCCCGCUUGGAGCGGGAGUUUAGCAUUCCGCACCAUAUACCUCUAGGCCCAUUGGGCGUUAAGGCAUCGAUUGAGAUGUUGCUGGGUCGCCUACCAGAGCGCACGACCUCGCAAGCACAAGAUACUGCCGAAGAGUUAGCGAAUCGUCUUGGUCAUCUCCCGCUAGCUUUGAGCCAGAUGUCAGGCUAUAUUGAGGAAUCAGGUUUUUCACUCAGCUCGCUUCUUGCUACAUACGAUAGCUUCGGCAACCGCUCGGAACUUCACAGCAAAUCCAAACCAAGCUCAACCACAGCCUACAAGCAUACUAUGGCGACUGUUUGGGAAAUGAACGUCGCUUUGUUGAAGAGCAAUCACGCAGAUGCAGCUCGAACUCUUAGUUUGCUUGCAUUCUGGGACCCUGAUGGCAUCCCUCAAUCAUCUUUGAAAGACACAUCACAAGAAGUCAACCUUGUGAAAGACUUCCAGUACCUCUCACAACCAUUGCCAUGGGGUGACAGCAUACAGGCUUUGCAAAAGCAUCAUCUUGUUACGGUCGACCGUGCCAAAGACAUUCUCAAGAUACAUCGAGUUCUUCAAGACUUCUCGAUCACCAAGCUGGACGAUAGUCUCAAAGCUGACGCUUUUGUUACAACCAUACAACUUCUGCAUCAUGAUUUUCCAACAAAGAGUCUUGCGCAAAAGAGGGGAUUCGAAGAGAUUCGAAAGCUGGGGGACCAGUUUUAUCCGCAUGUACUCACAGCUCUAAGCAGAUACAGAGACCUCAAGCUUCACCUAGCCCCUUCCCCGGAACUUUACGACCUGCUGGAGCACCUUUUCUGGUAUCUGCAUCAUCGUGGGCUGUACAAAACAGCUGAGCCUUAUUUUGAGAUUGCGCGUAACAUCUACAACGAGGAACGAGACACUAACCUGACAAAACUUGCAUUCCUCGAAGGCACGCUGGGGACCAUACAUCGUAACUCGGACGAUGCAGGAGGUGCGGUAAAGUACUUUAGUGAAGAAAUCCGACUUUAUGAAGAGGCGAUCAACAGCGGUGUGAUUGAGGCCCACAACGAAAAGGUCGCCAUUGCCUACGAACAUAUGGCUGUCGCGACACAACAACUUGGUCACUACGAUGAGGCUUUCAUAUGGCAUGACAAGAAUCUUGCAAUCCUGCUGAAAUACUAUAAGGACGAUGUCAUCAAUCUUGCUAUCGCAUUUGUGAACAAGUGCUGGGCUUUGUGGAAGACCGGCAAGCUGGAUGAAGCGGAGCAGACGCUAAAUUGGGUAUUAGCAACAUCGCAAACCGCAUUGGAUGUCAAUAGUCAGGACUUCCAGGCAUGCCGCGCCCGGAAUUUUGCUUUGCGGGUGCUCGGAAACGUAUAUCUUGCACAGCAAAGAUGGGAGGCCGCUUUCGAUACGCACAAACUUGCUUUCAAGCUUCAAGUACAGACUUGGGGUGAGAAACAUUUCGAGACCGGCGUUCUGUUUCACCGGAUUGGUUGUCACUAUGAGUGGAGAGGCGAUACCAAUGGGGCUAUUGAGCAAUUUCGUGCCGCACUGGCCAUCUUCGAGACGACCCACGUCUCCAUGGAGUCGCACAUUAUCCGGACGCGGUACAAACUCGGUUCAGUGCUUGUACGCUACGGCGACCCGCUCGAAGGCGAAAAGCUGAUGGAUCAAGCAAGGCAUGGUAGAUAUACCCUCAAGGGCAUCGACCCAGGGGUGGACGAUGACAUGGAUGCUUAUGAUAUGUUGGUCCCUUAUUGGGCUUGGUGAGCUUCAGACCUAUAGAGCGUUAUGCGUCGCUUUAGCAAUAAGUCAUUGUCUUUUCUGUAUGUUGUCUUGAUCAACA